AUGGGCCGUGACAUAUGCACAUUAGAUAAUGUUUACGCCAACAAUCUAGGUAUGCUAAGCAAAUUAGCUCAUGUAACACAACCUAAUUUAUAUCAGGAUACAUUUUUCACUGCGUUGUUCGCAGAAGAUAUGCCAGUCACGAAAAAUAAAAAAUCAUCUUCGAAGAAGGACGUACGUUUCACACAGCUGGCUUAUUAUAGCGAAAUACCAGUAGGUGGUCUGGUUGUUAAAUUGGUUCCGAAGAAACAGAACGAACUAUCUUUGAAGGGCAUUCAAAUCGAGUUUUUGGGCGUGUUGCCUAAUUAUAGGCACAAAUCCAUUGGUUCAAAGUUAUUGAAGUUUGCGGAGGAGAAAUGCUCAGAAUGUCAUCAACAUAACGUGUUUGUUUAUAUACCAGCUACCGAUAGCACUGUCAAGCAGUGGUUUAUAGCUCAUGGCUUUGAACAACAUGGCGAAACUAUCAACAAAUUUAUAAAGGAUGUUGUUGGUGGCGAACAAGAUGCCGUUCUAUUGAAAAAGCAUAUUUCAUAA